AUGGCCCUUUCACCAUUUGCCUCUCGCUCGCCUUCAGUGACAGUCGCAUCGCCCAGCUCUGCUCUACGGUUGAAAGCUGCAGCUACUCAUCAUGCACCUGGCCAAGCAGUCACUGCCAAGUCUGACCCAAAUCCCGAACGUGAGCUUACGGAACAACUGAACGACGACGUGCGACGGAAAUAUGUCAAGGGCAAGAAAUUAGGUGAAGGAACGUACGCCAUCGUAUACCUUGGACACUUCCGAGAUGACCCCUCAUCGUGUGUCGCCAUCAAGAAGAUCAAAGUCAAUGCCGAAUAUAAAGAUGGCCUCACCAUGGAUGCAAUCCGGGAAGUCAAGUAUCUCCAAGAGCUAUCGCAUCGGAAUGUGAUUGCACUCCAUGAUGUCUUCUCAUCCAAGGACCAGAAUCUCAAUCUGGUUUUGGAGUUUCUUCCCGGAGGUGAUCUGGAGAUGCUGAUCAAAGAUGGUGAUAUUCACUACGGUGUGGGUGAUGUCAAGGCCUGGAUGGGCAUGCUGGCUCGAGGAGUGUGGUUCUGCCAUGAGAACUUUGUGCUCCAUCGAGAUAUCAAACCUAACAACUUGUUGAUCGCCGCUGAUGGCGAGGUCAAGCUGGCAGAUUUUGGCCUGGCGCGAUCCUUUGCAGACCCUUACCUCAACAUGACCCACCAGGUCAUCACUCGCUGGUACCGACCUCCUGAGCUGCUCUUCGGUGCCAAGCAAUAUUCCGGCGCGGUGGAUGUCUGGUCGAUGGGCAUGGUGUUUGCAGAGUUACUCUUGCGAGUCCCAUUGCUGGCAGGUAUGUCGGAUCUGGACCAAAUUAGCAAGAUCUGUGAGGCCUUUGGCACGCCCACCGAGGAAAAUUGGCCUGGAGUAACCCAAUUGGCCAAUUACGUUACGGACAAGGCGGUGCCAUUGCGAGGCCGAGAGUUCUUCCUUCAACAGUUCCCUACGGCUGGUCCGGUGGGCGCUGAUUUGCUCAUGUCAAUGUGUGUACUGGAUCCUCGCAAGCGGGCUACUGCGCUACAGGUCUUACAGCACAAGUGGUGGGCCACCGAGCCGCGUCCGACUAAGAAUGAAGAUCUCCCGCGCAAGUCGGGAACCAAGAAAAUGGGCGAUGAUUUGGCCCGACGGGGCGGCGAGACCGACGACGGUCCUUUCAAGAACGCGGCGCGGCAAUUGGACUUUGGUGGCAUGAAGUAA